AUGACGGACCUCCAGGUGUGUGCCAGCCAGGGGAAGCCCAGCCUGUCCUUUUCCAUUGAGGAGAUAUUAAAGAAACCUUCUGCCAGCACCACCCUAAGCAGUGAAACCAGGAACAGAAGUAACUCUGUUGAGAGACCUCCAGCCCUAAAAGCAGGGUCACCACUGGCCUUUGAUUCCAGCAGCAAGACUCAGUUAGACUGUGACUUACCUUCAACCAAAAUGUUUCUCCCUGCCACUUGUGCUACACCCAUGGCCAGAACAAAGAAAGUGCAGGCAGCUCACUGCAGGAGACCUACUGACAGCCCAGCUUCCCUCCUGGGUGUGGACACAGGAUGUGAGCACCUGGAAAGCAAAAGAAAACACAAGGAAGAAGAAGAUCAGCUAUGUGAUUUUCCGGCGGACCAUCGAUUUCAUGUUGAGAGGAAACGGAAACGGAGAAUCCGGACAACAUUCACAGCUGAGCAGCUCCAGGAACUGGAGAAGAUUUUCCAAGUGACUCACUACCCGGAUGUCCAUAUUCGCAAUCAAUUGGCAGCAAAGAUAAACCUUCCAGAAGCCAGAGUUCAGAUCUGGUUCCAGAACCAGCGAGCAAAGUGGAGGAAACAUGAAAAGUUUGGCAACUUCGGUGGCCUUCAGCAUCUGACAGAAGUUGAUUUCAUUCCUGCUCCCAAGUCAGAUAUCACAGCUCCUAGCGUGAUGCCAAGAAAGCUCGCUGCUGCCAUCCCUGCUGCGGGGUACUACUCACCGCUGCAAGGGCAGCUGACAACUGCCUGGCUGCCCAGCACGCUGUCCUUCAUCCCCCACCGCUUGGAGCUGCUGCCCUUCCCUAAACGGUACUUGCUCUUCAACAUCCUUCCCCCUUACAGCAUGCCGCUACCCCGCAAGUUGGAAUUGGAAAGGAGCAGUAUCUGCGCCAGCUCCACAUAG